AUGGCGCCGUCGGCGUGGGCCCUCGCCCUCGCCGCACUCUGCAUCGUCGCGCUCGCGCCGCCGGCCGCAGGGUUCUACCUCCCCGGCGUCGCGCCCAAUGACUUGGAGAAGAAAGAUCCACUUCCUGUGAAAGUCAACAAGCUGACCUCAAUCAAGACACAACUUCCCUACUCCUACUAUUCUCUCCCAUUCUGCAAGCCGGAUACCAUAGUUGACAGUGCUGAAAAUCUCGGUGAAGUUCUUCGUGGAGAUCGCAUUGAAAACUCUCCCUAUAUGUUUGAAAUGAGGGAGCCUCAGAUGUGUCAAAUAGUCUGCAAGAUAUCUGUUGGGGAGAAAGAAGCAAAGCUUCUCAAGGAGAAGAUUGAAGAUGAGUACCGUGUUAACAUGAUUCUUGACAACCUACCUUUAGUUGUUCCUAUUCAAAGAGUAGAUCAAGAAGGUGCUUAUUUCUAUCAACAUGGAUUCCAUGUUGGGGCCAAAGGAAAAUAUUCAGGGAGCAAGGAUGAAAAAUACUUCAUCCACAACCAUCUAUCUUUUACGGUGAAAUAUCACAGGGAUGAGCAAAGGGAUGUUUCCAGGAUUGUGGCCUUUGAAGUGAAACCAUACAGCGUUAAGCAUGAAUAUGAAGGGCAAUGGAAUGAUAAGAAGACCCGCCUGACAACGUGUGAUCCUCAUGCUCAGCGUAUAAUUACUUCAUCUGAGUCUCCUCAGGAGGUUGAAGUUGGCAAGGAUAUCAUAUUUACUUAUGAUGUGGAUUUCAAGGAGAGUGACAUCAAGUGGGCAUCUCGGUGGGACAGCUAUUUAUUGAUGACAGAUGAUCAGAUCCACUGGUUCUCAAUUGUGAAUUCUCUCAUGAUUGUUCUCUUCCUUUCUGGAAUGGUUGCAAUGAUCAUGCUUCGUACCCUUUACCGGGAUAUCUCCAAGUAUAACCAACUUGAGACUCAGGAAGAGGCCCAGGAGGAGACUGGAUGGAAGCUUGUUCACGGUGAUGUUUUCAGGCCUCCAUCAAACUCAGACUGGCUCUGUGUUUAUGUCGGCACCGGUGUCCAAUUCUUUGGCAUGCUGCUUGUCACUAUGGUAUUUGCGGUUCUUGGCUUCCUUUCUCCAUCGAACAGGGGUGGACUGAUGACAGCCAUGCUCCUGCUCUGGGUGUUCAUGGGGUUGCUUGCUGGCUACUCUUCUUCACGUCUUUACAAGUUGUUCAAGGGCUCAGAAUGGAAGAACAUUGCCUUGAGGACAGCCUUAACUUUCCCUGGCAGUGUGUUUGCUAUUUUCUUCUUCUUGAAUGCUCUUAUCUGGGGGCAAAAGUCCUCAGGUGCUGUUCCAUUCACCACCAUGUUUGCCCUUGUCCUCCUUUGGUUCGGUAUCUCAGUACCGUUGGUUUUCGUUGGAAGCUUCCUUGGCUUCAAGAAGCCUACCAUUGAAGAUCCAGUGAAGACAAACAAGAUACCAAGGCAGAUCCCUGAGCAGGCCUGGUACAUGAACCCAAUCUUCUCGAUUCUAAUCGGAGGGAUCCUUCCAUUUGGUGCUGUGUUCAUCGAACUCUUCUUUAUCCUUACCUCCAUCUGGCUGCAACAGUUCUACUACAUCUUUGGGUUCCUCUUCCUUGUGUUCCUGAUUCUCAUCGUGACAUGUGCUGAGAUCUCGAUUGUGCUAUGUUACUUCCAGCUCUGCAGCGAGGAUUACCUGUGGUGGUGGAGGUCAUACUUGACAUCUGGUUCCUCUGCACUCUACCUCUUCUUGUAUGCAACCUUCUACUUCUUCACAAAGCUUGAGAUCACCAAGUUUGUCUCAGCUGUUCUGUACUUCGGUUACAUGCUCAUUGCCUCGUAUGCCUUCUUCGCCUUGACCGGCACAAUCGGAUUCUACGCGUGCUUCCUGUUCACAAGGCUGAUUUACUCAUCGGUCAAGAUCGAGUAA